AUGUUUGCAACCGACCUCGCAAGUUUUGUGCUCUUGUUUCUCUUGGCCAUGGUUUCCUCUCGUUCAAAGACCGACAAACCGUCGGACUCGAUGGGCCAUGUCGAAGAUCCAAACGAACAUGGCUUUGAGAAGGGCGAAGCUGCUGUCAAUGCGGCUCUCAGAGGCCAAGCUGUUACCGGCUAUGAGUCCCUGACCGUCUGGGAGACCGCGAAGCUCUUCAAGAUCGCAACUUCUUCUUGCUUUGCGGCGGCCUUUGCGGCAGCGACCGACGGAUAUCAAAUUGGGAUGAACGCCGGUAUUGUCGCAAACAAGGGCUUUGUUCGUCAAUUCGCAACUCUCACCGACAAGACCGGAGCGCCAUAUCUUGAUUCUCCGAUUCUAUCAGGCUGGAGCUCCAUCAUGUCCGUCGGCCAAGUUAUCGGAAUGACCACCAUCCCAUUUAUAUCAUCUCGAUUUGGUCGCAAGAUCGCCAUGUACACCCUUUGGCUCGUCCUCGCUCUCAGCGUCAUGGUCGAAAGCUUGGCCCGCACCUGGCCCAUCUGGCUUGUGGGCAAGCUCCUGGCUGGUGUUGGCGUUGGUUGUCUUCAGUCAACUUUGCCCAUCUAUAUCGCAGAAGUGGCACCUGUGCGCAUCCGUGGAGGAUUAUUGAUGUGCUACUCGUUGUGGUGGACCAUCGGCACCUUUUGCGCUCAUAUUGCGUUGCAGAGGAUGAACAAGACCGACGCAUACAACUACCUCAACCCUAUUUAUACCCAGUGGGCUCAGAUCGGAAUUAUGCUCAUCAUUUUCGUCUUCCUACCUGAGUCACCUGCGUGGUGUGUCACGCACGGGGAAGAAACCAAGGCGAAGAAGUGGAUGGCAUGGUUGAAUCGCGGCGUUGAAGGGUUCAACCUCGACCAGCAAUACCAAGCGCUUCUGAUGACCAUUGAGCACGAGAGAUCUGUUGCGGCUGAGCAAAAGAGGGAGAAGUGGCACGCCAUAUUCCAAGGAACUGAUGGCUUACGAACUCUCGUCUCGUUAUGGACGAAUAUGUCUCAGCAAUUUAUCGGCCUCACACUAUUCGCGACUUUCGGGACGUAUUUCUUUCAACAGGCUGGCCUCCAAGAUCCUUUCCUGAUCAAAGCCAUCACAUCUUCGAUCAACAUCGCGACCAUCAUCGUUACUGUCUUCUGUGCUGAUCGUUUGGGAAGACGGUGGAUAGGAUGCGGAGGCAUUAGCCUUUGCUGGAUUUCAUGCGUCAUCAUCGGCAUCAUGGGCGUCAUCAAGCAGACCAACGCGACAACAUAUGUUUUUGUGCUCUUUGCCUGCUUUUGGAACAUCGGCAUGACAGCCAGCGGUGCGGCCGGCUGGGGUUUCAUCGGCGAGAUCUCCUCUCAGCGCCUGCGGCCUUACACUGCUGGAUUCGGCGCCGCCUGUACCUGUGUCAUCGGCAUUGUGAUGAAUGUCCUGGUUCCAUAUAUGGUGAAUGCGAAUAAGUGGAACUGGGGUCUGAAGACCGGCUGGUUCUAUGCCGGCGUUGGCCUCCCAUUCACGAUUGGGAUGUGGCUGCUCAUUCCGGACACUGCUAGGCGCUCUGCUGCUGAGUUGGAUGAGUUGUUUGAGAGAAAGGUUAAGCCGUGGCGAUUUCAUAAGACGCAAACCGCGACCCAAAACCUGGUCGAGUUGCAAAACUCAGAACAGCGUUGA